GGGACUAUCCUAUAGCCCGUGUACACAGCUUGUCUUGUAUACUUUGCUGUAUACUAAUAAUUUGAGUGAGACGGUUUGGCGCAGCGAGGGCAUUUUCUCAAGAAUGGAAAGAUCCAAACUUGAAAUGGAACAAGAGUAUAGCGCAAGGCGUGGAGGAGAUCUUUGUUGAUCCCAGUGACAUCUGGACACCCGGUAUCGCGCUAAUGAACAACGCAGACGAAGAGGUCUCCCUAGCCGGUCACGUAAACAAGUUCGGCACGCGUAUCGUGAUUGACAGGUUUGGCAAGUGCAGAUGGAUCUCACCCGCUACAUUCCGCAGCGCAUGCGCAAUAAAUGUCCGUUCAUGGCCUUUUGAUACUCAGACAUGCUCAUUGGAAUUUGGUUCUUAUACCAUGACCACUACAAUGCUGAACAUCUCGAUACUAAUGCAAAAGACUAGAAUUGCAGAUCAAUAUGUAACCAAUGGAGACUGGAACAUCGAAGACAUCGACAUCAGAACACAAGAGAAGAAGUACAGUUGCUGUGACCCUCCAUUUAGUGUCAUCUCGUUCCACCUGACCCUCUCACGCAAGCCUUAUUACUACCUCCUUUACAUCCCGACGCCCUGCAGCGUACUGUGUCUGCUCACCCUCACGAGUUUCCUCAUACCGUCUCACAGCGGCGAGAGGAUCGGUUUCAUCACGACCUUGUUGCUCGCCAUGACCGUCUACCUGCUACUUGUUCAAGAGAUGCUACCGGAGACUUCAGAAGAGUUCCCUUUGAUCGGGUUACUCAUCAUCGUGGUGAUAAUAGAGACAGCAGCCAUUCUCCUGUUGACUGUUAUUGUUCUGAGGUGUUUCCAUAAGGAAGGCACUCCUCCGCAAUGGCUUCUGAAGGUGCUUAGACUUGGGGAUUGUGUUUGUGUAAGAACACCCAGGAAAGUGUUUGUGAAAGGAAAAGAAGCAGGAGACCUCGACGAUAAAGUUGCUCAAGAUAAUUCAGAGCUUGAGGCAACAGAGACACAAGCACGGUGGCAGAGUGUGUCUGAGCGCUUGGAUGUGAUUUUCUUCUUUAUCUUUGCCAUUACGAUGAUCGUCACCUAUUCAGUGUUACUUAGAGGAUAA